CUCAAUAUCGAGCCGGCACGCCGAUGUACGGCGAUGUGGACGGGUGCAGUUUUAUCAUCGAUGCGACGAAACAAUUUUCACUGCUCUUAUUUGCUCAAAGGACGAUCCGGUCAACGAGUCAAAUUAUUCUUUCGCGAUUUCGAUAUCUUCUUUGGUGGUGAACACUGCCCAUAUGAUUCGGUUACUAUUUUCGACGGCUCUUCAACUAGUUCACCAAUUAUCAAGAAAGUGUGUGGUCUGCAACAACGUAUGGAAUUAUUUUCGGUUGGCACGGAUCUUCUUAUUCACUUCAACACUACCAAUCCAGCUAAGGCCGACCCACGAGGGUACGUUCAAUCCGCUGAACUUUUCAAGAAGCUGAUAGGCGAUACGAUCCGCGAUGAACAGCGGACAACAAGCCAGUGGUGGAGCCACUGUUGA